AUGCAGGACACGGUGCACGAAUGUGAACUGCUCCAGCAGGAUGAGCUGCAGGUCCUGGAGUCCAUAUAUCCAGAGUACGUUCACAGGGGGGCGAACGACGCUACUGUUGAACUCGAGAUCCCGAUAGAGUUCGAUUCACCUCAGGAGGUAGUGAUACACGACCCAUGUAAUCGGGACGGCACCCUUGAAGGAAUCCAGAGACUAUCGCUCACGGUACUGCCACCGCUACUGCUCCAUCUCGUUCUACCCAAAAGCUACCCAACGGAUGCUCCACCGGACAUCGUCCAUAUCAAUUCCAGCCAGUCGUGGCUACCUCGAUUAUCUUGUCUGCGGACCCUCUUGCUUCGGAUGUGGACCCCAGGAUGCACCGUCCUUUAUAAUUGGAUAGAAUAUAUAAGAACGGGCGAUUUCUUUGAGUCGGUAGACAUGAUAGACAAGGGCGCCUUUCGGAAUGUCAGAAUCCCCAAUCCCGUCCCGAAAUUCCUUGCAGACCUCCUCGCUUCGCAUCAGAAACAGAUAGUCUCGGCGAAUUUCAUGCAAUCUACCUACUCUUGUUCAGUUUGCUUAACGGAAUACAAGGGAACCAAAUGCGUCCAGCUUUCAUGCAACCAUACCUUCUGUCGAUCCUGCCUAGAAGAUUUCUGGGGUUUGUGCAUCACCGAGGGUGAUGUAGUCAGAGUAGGUUGCCCCGACCCCGAGUGUGUUAAAGCGGGUCGCGCGGCCACAGAAGAUGAGGUCUGCCGAAUUGUGACGGAGGAUCAACUUACGAGAUGGAGAUGGUUACGAGAAAAGCGGGCUCUAGAGAACGAUCCUGGCGCGGUAUCUUGUCCGAUCCCUUGCUGCCAAGCACUUAUUCCAUCUCCUCCAUCGAUGGACGAAGACUCUGGUUGGGUAAAGCUGAGGACGUGUCCGAAAUGCGGUUUCUCUUUUUGUAACUUCUGCAAACGCUCCUGGCAUGGUCCUUUGUCGAGUUGCCCAAUUUCAGCCAUUGAAUCGAUGAUAUUGGAAUACCGCGCCUUACCAGAGGGCGAUCGUAAACGAGACGAAUUAGAACAGCGGAUCGGCAAGAAAAUGUUCACGAAGCUGAUCGCGAAGUAUGAAGAAGAGCUGCUGAAUAUGAAGUGGCUCGAGGCUUCCACCAUGGCGUGUCCGAGAUGCAACGUGCAUGUGGAGAAGUCACUGGGAUGUAAUCACAUGACGUGCGUGAAAUGCCAACAGCACUUCUGCUACCGAUGCGGGCAGAAACUGGAUCCCAGCAAUCCAUACAAGCACUUCUCGACGCUGGGGAUCUCGUGUUACAACAAGCUGUUUGACUUUAAUGCUGAAGAGGAAGAGUGGGAGGUUCUUGAUAACUUUGAGCGGGCAUUUGGGGCGGUCUAG